AUGGCAUCGCCAAACGACGUCGGCAUGCGCGAUGGCUCGCCCUCUGGAAUCCACGAGCCCUUUACCAUCGAAGAAAAUAUCAGCCAGCUCAAUGCCAUUGACCAGUCCGCCGUGCAGCUCAUGAGCCACGCCGCCACGGCCCUCAGCUCGCUCACUACGCCCUCGUCAGCCAGCUCCCCCGCCGAGGACACGAACCCCGACAUUGACGCGCAUGCGGCCAAGGCAGCCUUCACCCAGUCUACCGAUUCUUUUCUCACCGCGCUGCACGAUAUCGACGUGCGCAUGAAGCGGCAGAUCAUGGCGCUCGAGGAGGCGGGCAUCAUCGAUCUCGGCAGCGGCGCGUCGCGCGCAGAGCCUCACGCAGCCACCAAAGCAUCGCUGCGUCCCAAUGGAGUCGGUGCUGUCGGCAGCUUGGACGUUGGGUGGCUGAACAGCCGCAGCACAAAGGUCGAGCGCGACAUGGAGGCGGAGCUCUGGGACAAGGCCAAGAAGCUUCUCGAGUCGCUGGGCAAUGGGCAAUGA